ACGAUAGGUAAACAUUCCAAAGAACACUGCCAUGAAAAGCCAUUCAUAUCUGGAAUUUGAACACACCUCAAAUCAGUUCUAUGGAACACCAUUACCAGCUAACAGUUGUUUUGAAAUUGCAAUUUUAUUGUAGCUGACAGUAUAAAAGUGCUCCUCUUUCUCCAGAUGAACAGAACCUGCAGAACUUACCAGUGAUUCACAUUAACAGGAGAACAUCACCACCACCAUGGCAAUGUUGACCAUAUCUCUGCUGCUCUGUGCUGCCGUUGCUCUGAGUGGAGCAACAGUUUUAGGACUGUUCCAGGGCUUUGGUUUUGAGCAGGCUUUGCAUCUGGGAGCUAAGGGGGCAGAGGAGGGAGUAGUGCCAGCAGAGACCAGGAACCAAUGCCCCACAGGCUGGUUCCAAUUUGGAUCGCGCUGCUUCAUGUUCGUCGAGACUGCAAGGUCAUGGCCCCUAGCAGAGCGCCACUGUGUGUCCCUUGGAGCAAACCUGGCGUCUGUGCAUAGCUCUGCGGAUGAUCAAUUUCUACAGGAAGUGGUGGGGAGCAAGACUGGCGGUUUCUCAACUACCUGGAUUGGAGGAUUUGAUGCUGUUCAGGACAGGCUAUGGUUUUGGAGUGACGGCUCCGAAUUUGAUUACCAGAACUGGGCGAAAGGAGAGCCCAAUAAUAGCGGUGGCAGAGAGCCAUGUAUAGUGAUCAACUGGGGAGACGAAUACCGCUGGAACGAUAUAAAAUGUGGAAACAGCUUUCCCUCUGUGUGCUCCAAAAGAAUCUGUGAAAUCCAGAAAAACUGAAACUGAAACAAAAAAUGCUACUCCAUAGUGCCAACAUCCAACUGAACAGUCUUUAUGGUAAAGUCACAUUUUUUGUAAAGAUUAUUUGUUUCUGUAAACUGUAAGUUUGAGUUAGUUGUUGUUCAUAAAUGUUGAGUAAUGGUUUUGUUGUUUAUUGUCAAUAAAACGGGUGUAGACAUUG